UCUGUCUGUGUGUGUUACAAGGCUUAUCGUUCACUUUGCCAUCAGACUCAAGACGUGCUGCUGGAUCGAUCAGUCACUGUCCAUUCCUGUGCAUCUGGACCCCCAGGGUCUCAUGAUCUAAUCCCACACAUCUCCAGUGAGGACCGUGGCCUCUCUAGUCUCGUCCAGUCACACGGCGCUGAGCUUCAAUGCUCUCGCUGUGACCCUUCAGCUGCCAGUCUUGUCUUGUUCUCCCUCCGUCAGUCCACGUUCAGCUUCUUCACCUUGCCAUGGACAUCGGUGGCCUGACUACGGUGGUGGCCAACUCGGCAUACAUCUCGGCCCGUGGCAGUUUCGAUGGCACGGCCAACCCAGCGGCCAACCGAGACAAGAAGUACCACGCCAAACUCAAGCUGCCCCACAUCACAGUGUGUGAAGAUCUGAGGGAAACCCUGGAUCUGCAGUUUAAGAGCAUUUGUGUGGAGCAGCCCAUCGGCAAACGGCUGUUUCAAGAGUACCUGGAAAUCACCAAUGAGUACAAGGGACCAUGUCGCCUCUGGAAGGACAUUGAGGCAUACGACACAGCCGAGGAUAAAGAUCGAGCUCAGAAAGCCGCCAAAAUACUCCAGCGUUACAUGGAGCCUUCUGCCAAGCUCUUCUGCCCAUUUUUACCCGAGAAUGACAUCACCAAGGUGAAAGAACGGCACGAGGCAGCAACGGAUGACCUGUUUGUGGAGAUCCUGGCCUGUGUGUUUGACUUCCUCAAAGAGGUUCCCUUCACGUUCUAUCUAGAGUCCAUGUACUUUAAACGCUUCUUGCAGUGGAAGUGGCUGGAGAUGCAGCCGGUCGCCGAGGACUGGUUCUUGGACUUCCGUGUUCUGGGUAAGGGUGGAUUCGGAGAGGUGUCCGCCUGUCAGAUGAGGGCCACAGGGAAGCUGUACGCCUGCAAGAAGCUCAACAAGAAGAGGCUGAGGAAGAGGAAAGGCUAUGAGGGUGCCAUGGUGGAGAAACGGAUCCUGGCUCGAGUUCACAGUAGAUUCAUUGUGUCACUGGCUUACGCCUUCCAGACCAAAACAGAACUGUGUCUGGUUAUGACCAUCAUGAAUGGAGGAGACCUCAGGUACCACAUCUAUAAUGUGGAUGAGAAUAACCCAGGGUUCUCUGAAGCCAGAGCAUGUUACUAUGCUGCUCAGAUCAUUCAAGGCCUAGAGCAUCUACACCAGAAGAGAAUCAUCUACAGAGACCUAAAACCAGAAAAUGUUCUGCUAGAUAAUGAAGGUAACGUCCGUAUCUCUGAUCUUGGCUUGGCUGUGGAGCUUGCAGAUGACCAGCUGAAAACCAAAGGCUACGCUGGAACUCCAGGGUUCAUGGCCCCAGAGCUGCUGAAGGGUGAAGAAUAUGAUUACUCAGUAGAUUACUUCACUCUCGGGGUCACGCUGUACGAGUUCAUUGCGGCCAAAGGACCCUUCAGGACUCGAGGAGAGAAGGUGGAGAAUAAAGAGGUUAAGAAGCGAAUCCUGAACGACCCGGUGACGUACCCAGAAAACUUCAGUGAGAAUGCCAAGUCCAUCUGUGAGGGUCUUCUGGCUAAAGAGGUGGACAAGAGACUGGGCUUCAAGAACGGCACGUGUGAUGAGCUACGCGCACAUCCGUUCUUCAGCGAAAUCAACUGGAGGAAACUGGACGCAGGGAUUCUGCCGCCUCCUUUCGUACCGGAUUCCAAGACAGUCUAUGCCAAGAAUCUGGAUGACGUGGGCGCUUUCUCCACUGUGAAGGGGGUCUGCCUGGAGGACGACGACAAGAAGUUCUUUGAUGAGUUUGCAUCAGGAAACAUCUCCAUACCCUGGCAGGAGGAGAUGCUCGAGACGGGCAUCUACGGUGAGCUGAACGUGUGGGGUCCAAACGGCACUGUGCCCAACGACCUGCGCCGAGAGUCCAUCCUGGAGCAGCCACCCAAAUCCUCCACCUGUAGCGUUUCAUAAUCACACCAACACUGAACUGUCAAAUAACAACAUAGAUUUGCUUCCGCUGUUUUAAACAGGUUGACAUUUAUUCUAAGAGCGCAAGGUGAAGUUUGAGUAUUCGUGUUAGUGAUUAUUGAUCUUAUUGGCAUUAUUGAACUGUAAACUGAGUUCAUACACUCUGCCAGUUUACAUGCACCAUUCUGUUCAAGCAUGAUUAGCAUUUAGGCUUUUAAAGGGAACGGAAUGAGAAAGAAUAUCUAAGAAUGAGGAAAGAAUAAAGAGCGAAAUGCUUUGCAGUCAUUAUUUUGAUAUCCAUAAAGCUCAGUAAGUAAUAACAUCUGUAAGUAAAAUGAACCCUUGGGUUGUGUUCCGGUUGUUUUCCCCAAAAUGUUAUCACAUUGUAUUAAAACUAUGACAACUUCCUAAAAAUAAUUUUUGCAAUUUUUUAGGAUUUCCCCCCCACCUUGUUACGCUCGUAAAAAUGGCCAGCCUACAAAAAUUGCUUGUAAAUCCAAAUACCAAAUGGACUGUCUGCUUGUUUUCUUUCAUUUAGCACAAGUUUUGAAUUUCUUUUGAAGUUCUGAUCAUAGGCCUUACUGAUCUGAGCUCAUUCAUCUUAGUUUUGUAGUUUAUAUUGCCAAAAUUAUCCAUCAAUUAUGCUUUAUUUCACUCAAAAAUUAAAUAUUGUUCAAAUUAUCCACAAAUAAUGUUGUUGUUUUUUUUCAGUCAUAAACUGCAGGUGCAUAAGCUCAGAUCAAUGAGGCCUACGAUCAAUCAGUUCCAGAAACACAAAACCUGUCCUUAUUGAAAGAGAACAAGUUGACAAAAAGGACCGAAUCCAAUAAUUGGUGAUAAUGUAACAUAAUGAGAGAUUUACAAGCAAAAGGCUGCACAUUUUUGACAGGAACACAAAUAUAGGUAUAGAAUUUUCAGCAGCACAAGGGUGAAAUAAAUAUUAGAUACUAUUUUCUAUGAGUAGUAAUCACAUUGUUCUCUGAUCUGAAUGUCAAAUUGGACAAAUAACUGUAUAUUUGUGUUUAUAACCAAUUACAUGUAUAAACUCAAGUUCAGGAUUACAAAUGUUUUGAAUAUAGACUUUAGUUUCAACAAUUGCAUACUGUCUGAAUGAAUAAUUCAGUGCAUUUCUCAUUUUUAUUUAAUUUAUUUUGAACCCUUUUUAUCCUGAAUUCAAUGUUUUUGUCUUUGACUUGUCUUAGUGAUUGAUUUUAAUUGCUUUAUUUAAUGCCUUUGUUGAUUGUGAUAACCCACCGGUGUUUUAUGAGCCUGUCUGAGGUCGUUCACAGUGCGAGUGAAUGUUGUCUGAGGUCGAGUGAUCGGUUAAUGGGUCAGAGAAUAGUCAGGUGCUCUUGACUAGUCAUGCCGUUGUUGCCAUAAACACAAAGACGCUUCUGUGCAUUAAUCGCUUUUUAAGUGCUGUAGCAAAGAUACAGGUAGCUCUACUUUUUGGAAACAAUUUCUAUUCAUGUAAAAAGCUGUAAAUGUCUUUAGGUUGCAUUGAUUAUUGAAGUCCAAAUCAUCCUUUUUAAUAAUGUGAUAGUUGUCAUAAUUAUGAUUUCAAAUAAAUGUUUUGCCAUAAAUACA